AUGAGUGCUCCUUCUCCUAUUCAAGAUGUCCCUUUUACAGACGACAAUUUGGUCGAUGAUGAGGGAAAGUUUGAAUUCAAGCCGUUGAAUAUUAAGACGAGACAUGGAUUUGAGGAUGCGUACGAAGACUACAAAGAACACUUGACGCACUUUUAUCUCUAUUUCUACGGGAAAAAGUAUAGUGAUAACUUCAAACCAAUUGAGGAAGCAGAAAAAAAAUUAAAAGGUGAUUAUUAUACCUUCACCCCAGACUGGAAGGCGCCAAGAACCAAAAUUCAAACGUCGCAUGGUGGGAUUUUCAUUUGUCUCAAUGCAUCAGUUGAACCUCCUGAAGGCAGAAAAGGUAAGCCUUGCUCUAAGAUUGAAGGUUGGAUAGACCCUUAUACUUUCAAUGGGAAUCAUACGGCAGCAGCUACUGCGGUUGCCGACAAUGUCGUCAAGCAAUACAAAUCGAUGAGCGUGAAGAAUUCCUUUAAAGCAUUUCCAGAUGCGGUAGUGGACGAUGUGAAAAAAGCCUUGAUAACAUGGAGGAGAUCGGUUAAAGAUACCCCUAAUCAAAUCAACAGAUAUUUGUUCCAUUAUAAUGGGCACGGGGUGCCCGAUCCAACACCAUCUGGUGAAUUUUGGGUUUUCAAUCGUCAAUACACACAAUAUAUCCCGGUCCCCAUCAAUGAUUUGCAGAACUGGUUGAGUGCCCCAAGCGUUCUUAUCUAUGAUUGUAAUAAGGCUGGAAAUUUGGUAAACAGUUUCAAGUACUGUACUCAGGUUAAAAUUGAUAAUUAUAACGAGCUUCAACGGAAAAUGAAAUCACAGGACCAGCUACAACAGAAUCAACAGCAACAACAACAGCAGCAGCAACAACAGCAACAACAACCACAACAGUCACAACAGUAUGAUCAAAAUUCUGCAUUCGCUAACAGUAAUGGAUUCCAAAACCCCAAUAUGAAAAAUAAUGGCGCAAACGGAUAUAAUAUGUCUAUGAAUCCAACCUUGUUUCUAGAUUGCUAUCAAUUUGCUGCAUGCUCGUCAGAUGAAACUUUACCAUCAUUACCAGAAGUUCCAGCAGAUUUGUUCACUUGUUGUAUGACUACUCCUAUUGAAAUAUCUGUGAAAUUCUUUUUAUUAAGAAACCCUUUGACCGCGGAAUACUAUAGUGGUUUAUUCGACAAAGAUUUGAGUCAGGUUACCUCAGAUUAUAAAAUGAAGUUUCACAAAUUGAGCGAUUUUGAUACCUCGUAUUUCAAAAGAACCCCGGAAAGAAAAGACCAGAUUGCUGACCUAUCGUACAUUUACACCUCGAUCACAGAUACUAUUGCUUAUACAUGCGUUCCAAGAAACCUUUUUAGACGUUGUUUUAGACAAGACUCCGUUUGUUGUGCGUUGUUCAGAAACUUUUUGCUUGCUCAAAGAAUCAUGAAAUACUAUAAUUGUAACCCCGUUUCUGAUCCAGUUUUGCCUGAUUGUCAUGAAAAUGAAUUAUGGGCCCACUGGGAUUUAGCAAUUGAACAUUUUUUGACUUCAUUGGUACAACUAAAGCAGAUUAAUCCAGAAAAAUCAUUGACUGUGGCAUUAACCGAAAGCCCAAGAUAUAUUUUUUCGAACUUCUUUGAUGCUUCGUUAGACCAUUUGAAGAAUUGGAUUCAGUAUGGUCGUUAUACCCAAGUUCCUCCGCCUCAGUUGGCAAUGAUUUUGCAAUUAUUAUUGACACCAAAGUACAGAGCCAGGGCUUUGAAAAUGUUGGCGUUCUUUGUUGAUUUGGGUCCAUGGGCGGUGUCGUUAGCCUUGAAUGUCGGGGUUUUCGCUUAUGUGGUGAAACUUUUACAAUCACCAGUGAUACAAUUAAAACCGAUGUUGGCGUUUGUGUGGGCCAAACUAUUGGCUUGUGAUUAUAAAAGUAUGCAAUAUGAUUUGAACACUUCUAACAGUGGUUGUUUCAAGUAUUUCUACUACAUGUUGUUACCUGAAAAGGAAAUCUUGAGCGAAACCCAGGUGAGGCACAAAAAUGCGUAUUUUGAAAGUAUUGAUAAACAAGCAAAAGAACAACGAAGACUUGAAGCUAAAAUUGGUAAACCAGCUUUGUCCGUUUUCAAAGGAACCCUGGAUGAGGAUAUUCCGGAUGAGGAUUUUGAAGCUAAGCCGCAUAAAUUAAUCGAUUUCAAUAAUGAUGUGGGGUUGACUUAUCAUCAUUUGACGAUUUCGUUGGUAGUUUUGACAUUAUUCAUCAAGGACUAUCCUACUGGUAGAGAUAAACUAUUUGACCACGACUUAUUUGCUAGAGUUAUGGUAUUUAUCGAGAGGGGCAAGAAAACCCAUCCAAAUUUGCAGCUUUGGGGUGCGUUAUUCUUCUCCCAAGUCUGGAACGGGUCUCCUCAAGCUAAAUAUAUCUGUUACAAAUCCAAUAUUUUGACCAGAUUAAUCAAGAUAUUCCAUGAUAAAGAUAGUAUGCCAGAUUUGAGAGCGGCAAUAAUUUGCAGUUUCACCACUUAUUUGACAAUUCAUGAUCAUCCAUCAAAUAAGUUGACCGCAGAGCUUGAAGAAUUGGAAAUUAAACUAGCGGAAGAAGUCAUCAGUAAUGUUUAUGAUGCAUCGGUAUCUGUUCGAAAAGAGAUGGUUAUUUUCUUAUCAACAUUCAUAUAUAAAUACUUGCCACUUUUCAGGCUUGCUGCGUUUUCAUCUUUGCAAGAGGAAAUUGUCAUUAUUGAAGCUCAUGAAGAAUUGUUUGAGUUUAGAAGAAAAGCACAAAUAUACGGUACUAUUUAUAGUGCGUGCUGGAAAGCGCUUUUGAUCUUCAGUUCUGAUCCCCAUGAUGAGGUGCAAAAUCUCUCGGAGCAAGUGAUUGUUUAUGUUUUGAAUUCUUUGAAAGAAUCUCCUGAGUUGAAGGAGCCAUUUGAAUACUGUCAUGAUUACUUGGUGAAAAAGCUAGGAGCCGAUGAUAAGGAUUUCUCAUCCAAGAACCAUAAUAAUAAUUAUGAUGACAGUUACGAAUAUUAUGAUAAUAAACCGAUCAAUGGUAUGCACAAUAGAGCGAAUGGCAGAAGAAAAAACAAAAGAGUGGUAUCGGCAUAUAUAUAUCCUAAUGAGCAUAAUGGACCAGGAAGAGUCUCUGCGGAAAGUGAUGAUGAAUCAAUCAAUUCCGUUAGCUCUGCAAAAUCCUUCUCUGGGGUAGAAGGUUUGUUGCACAAAACUACUUCGAUUUCCAAUUUCUUCAAAUCAAUGACUGGCUAUCCACAUGAACAACAUCAUCAAAACGGUGAUAAAACUGGUAAAAGAUCGGGUAGCUUCUCCAGUCAAUUCAAAUCAGCGGGAAAUCAUAAAUUUUUUGAUGGAGAAUCUUUUGGUUCUUUACCUCAUCCAUUACCUCCAAGAUUUAUACCAAUGGAUUUGAAGACCACCAAGCCUACCAUCCCAUUGAAAUCUCAAUUAGUCGAAUUCUCCAAAGAGUAUUAUCAAUUCCCGCAACUUUUGGUGUGGCCAGAGUGUCAUCCCCUAAUCGAUGAUCAUGAUUUGAAGUUUGGUAAGUGGAGAAAAUCUAGAAAUGACGCUUUGAUUGAUUCUGCUCAACGUGAUAAAGAAUUGUCAUUAAGAGGCGAUUGGUCGGUUUCCCUGCAGACCAUUCAUACGGAAACUUCAACCAAAGUGUUUGAAUUCACCCAAUUUGACAAUUAUCUUGUCACUUCGGAUAAUAGAGACCUUAUCAGUGUGUGGGAUUAUUCUACCGGCGAAAAUUUGUGUCUGUUCUCCAAUAACAAUCCUGUGGGUAGUAGGAUCUCUCAGAUACAAUUCAUGAAUGAGGAUGAUAAGCCGAUUCUCUUGGCGGGUUGUAACGAUGGUACGGUGAAAUUAUAUAAAAAUUUCGAAGAUCUUGAUCAAUGCCGACUCAUUUCCUCGUGGCAGACUUUGAGUAAUGUGAUGGGUAUCAACGAUGGUACGAAUUUCCUAUUUGAAUGGCAGCAAGCAAGGGGUGAUUUGAUCGCCACUGGUAAUAUCAAGUCGAUCAACAUUUGGAAUGCAUUUAAAGAAAAAUGCUAUAGAACUAUUCCUAAGAGAUCAUCAUUCCCAAUCACCUCACUCACUUGCGAUCAACUUGAUGGUAGUAUUUUUACUGCUGGUUUCAGUAAUGGUGAUAUUAGAGUUUAUGAUAAAAGAAGUGCACCAAGAGACGAGAUGGUGAAAGAAUGGAUUGGCAGAAGUAAAGAUCCGAGCAAACCAUCUAGAACUUCUCUCAACAGUAUCCAUAUGCAAAGAGGGGGUUUUAGAGAAUUGGUGAGUGCUUCAAACAAUGGGUUAGUACAGCUUUGGGAUAUUAGACUGGAUGAUCCUGUUGAAAGCUUUGCUACAGGCUCUCUUUUAAAGAGUAUGAGGGUUCACGAACAUGCUCCGAUAUUCGUUACCGGAUCGGACUCCGUCAAGGUUUGGAGUACUUCAGGGUACACGAUUUCCGAUUUCUACAAUGACCAAAGAAACAUGAACCUAGAUACCAAGAGAAGCUCGGGAAGUUAUCUUUAUGGUGGUGUAACGAGAGGAACAGGAGGGUUUCAUAGAAGCGGGAACAUCUUGAAUUUGGCAUUACAUCCUCACAAAAUGGUUCUCGCUGCUUCUUCAGCCAACGAUCGCACCAUCAAUAUUUACCACGCAGCAGAGACUUCCAUGUGA